AUGACCAGAUUCCGUUAUGGCGAUAAUGUGGAUAAUAUUCCCAGAUCUAACUGGAUUUAUCAAAUUACAUUUGACCAAAUGGACACUACAACUCGAUAUAUUUUAAGUUCGUAUGUUGUCAUGCGCACAAUUUUAGGGUUCCAACAUGAUGAUAAGGUUAAAAUAUUUUUCUUGGACCACUGUGCAUUCUGUAUGGCGAUGGCCUUGAGCAAGAACGCUUCUCAUCUGAGAUACCAGAAUAUACUGCAACAAUUCGAAGACUUUUUGAUGUACAAACAAAUGGCGUUUGGAACAAGUAAAAGGUUGAUGGAUUAUUACGAGUAUCGUUUCCAGAAAUAUUUCUAUAAAGAAGGUACAGUUUUAGACUCUUUAUCGUCGCAUUUGCAACAUGAAAUAUUGGUGACCAAUUGCAAAAGACUGGUUGAAAAUGUUCCGUUUUUCACUAAUUUUCCUCCAAAUCUUAUUAUGAACAUCGUCAAGCUGUUGGAUGCCGAAAUUUAUCUACCCAAGGAUUUUAUUAUUAAAGCAGGAGAACCUGGAAACUGCAUGUACUUCAUAAAUUGCGGAACAGUAGCUAUUUAUGGAGCAAGUUUAAUUGAAAAAAAUCAUUUGUACGAUGGAGAUUAUUUUGGAGAAGUAUCUCUAGUCACAGGAGAAGUUAGAAUAGCUUCUGUGGUUGCAAUAGAAACAUGUGAACUUUAUACAUUGUCCAGACAACAUUUUAUGGAAGUUAUGGGCCCUUAUCCACAUUUAUUUGAGAAAAUAAAGGACACUGCACUUAUUCGGGCUAAUAUUAAAAUGGCUGUCAAGAAAUGGCUUAGUUUUAGAAAAUCGGAUACUUGA